AUGUCUAACGAAUUACGGCUUGAAGAUAACUAUGUACCAACUUCCGACACACUAGUAGUUUUCAAACAAUUGAUGAAGCUGCCGGUAACGGUAUUAUAUGAUCUUACGCUAUCAUGGUUCGCAAAAUUCGGUGGGUCAUUUGAUGGUGACAUAUAUUUAUUGACAGAAACAUUAGACUUACUGAUUGAGAAAGGCGUGAGGCGAAAUGUUAUAGUAAAUAGGAUAUUAUACGUAUACUGGCCGGAUGGCCUGAAUGUUUUCCAAUUAGCAGAAAUAGAUUGCCAUUUAAUGAUAAGUAAACCAGAGAAAUUUAAGUGGCUUCCAUCAAAAGCUUUACGGGGAGAUGGGAAACCUUACGUAGUAAAGCUCCAACCUGCCAAAUUUAUAGAAAAUUUACAAACAGAUCUAGCGAAAAUUUACCAUUGUCAUGUUUACAUGUUUAAACAUCCCUCUUUGCCAGUGUUAAUUACCAGAAUACAGCUAUUUGACAGCAAUAAUUUAUUUUUGAGUACGCCUAAUAUAGGGAGUAUAAAUAAAGAGUCUCUUUACAACAAGUUAGACAAAUUCCAAGGGAAACCAUUAAUAUCAAGGAGACCAUAUUACGUUGCAUUCCCGCUAAAUUCUCCAAUAAUUUUCCAUUCAGUUGACAAGGAUAUUUAUGCUAGACUAGUUUUGCAGAGCAUUAGUCGAACGAUAUCAGAAAGAGAAACAAUCAUCUUCAAACCGGUACAGAAAAUACCCGUGAAAUCAAUACAUAAUAUAAUGACUUUAUUAGGACCUUCGAGAUUUGCGGAGUCUAUGGGCCCAUGGGAAUGUUAUGCUAGUGCUAACUUUGAACGGUCACCACUACACGACUACAAAAAGCACCAAGGCCUUACUGGUAAAAAGGUAAUGGUUAGAGAAUUUGAUGAUUCUUUCUUAAAUGACGAUGAGAAUUUUUACGGAAAAGAAGAACCUGAAAUUAGACGACUAAGGUUAGAGAAAAACAUGAUCAAAUUCAAAGGUUCAGCAAACGGCGUAAUGGAUCAGAAAUAUAAUGAUUUGAAAGAAUUUAACGAACAUGUCCACAAUAUUAGGAAUGGAAAGAAAAAUGAAGAUUCUGGUGAGCCAGUGUACAUUUCUAGAUACAGUUCCUUAGUUCCUAUUGAAAAAGUUGGAUUCACUUUAAAAAACGAAAUAAACAGUAGAAUAAUUACCAUAAAAUUGAAAUUUAAUGGUAAUGAUAUUUUUGGGGGAUUACACGAACUAUGCGAUAAAAAUUUAAUAAAUAUUGAUAAAGUUCCUGGGUGGUUGGCUGGAGAAAAUGGAUCGUUCUCAGGAACGAUAAUGAAUGGAGAUUUUCAGCGAGAGCAGGUUGCUAAAGGUGGUUUACUGUAG